AUGCGCUCAGAGAUCUUCAGGUUGCGGAAGCAGCUCCAGGAGGGUAACAAAUCUGGAGAGAUUGAGAAGAUGAGUUCCUUGGAAAAAACGUAUUGGAAGCUUAUGGAAGCUCAACAUUCCAGUGAAGCCAAGAAGCGAAUCGAAGAGUUGGAGCAGAAGCUGAUGGAUGCGCAGAAGGAGAUCGCCAUGUUGAAAAGGCAGAAAGGAGGAGCGCCUGGUCCCACUACGCCUGUUCCUACAGAUGACUCAGAAGCCAUCCGUCGACUGAAAGAAGAAUUGGAGGAAGAAAGACGUCGACGGCUGGAACUGGAGGAACUGUUGAAGAAAACCGAGGCAGAGAUGGAUCAAUUGAAAAAGGACAUCGAUGCCGAGAGGAAGAAGUCCUUGGACCUCAGUAAUCAGCUGAAGAAUCUGCCCAAGUCGGACAACAAGAAGGAGACCGUCACUGAGAUCAAGGAGGUUACAGUGCCUGGCGGCUUGAGUGAAGAACAGUUGCGCGAAUUGGAAGAGCUCCGCGCGAAAGCGGAAGAGCUGGAAAAGCUCAAGGCGAAGCUUAAGAAGCGGGAUCAGCAGAUUGCGUCUCUGCAGGAGGACAACGACAAGCUGAAUGAGGAGCAAGUUCGUCUUCUGAAGUUGCUGAAGCAGGUUCGAGAGCAGCUCCGAAUCCUCAUGGAACUGGCUGAGAAGAAGGGCUUGGGUGAUGUCAUCAAGAAACUCUUUGAAGAAGCUGGUUUGGGGAAGACUAUGGCAGAUCCUGACUACACUUGCUUUGAUCGGCUUUACGACGAUGCUCUCAGGCGCAUGGACAAGCAGCGCCGCAUGGAGUGGUACCGCUUGGGGAACACUGGUGAGCCGCCGCCGUCCUUCAAAGCUGUAGCGCCCUACCUGCAUCCCAGCUUGAUUCGCAAAGAGUGCCCCGACGAAUCUCGUGGUCAAGGCGUUUUUACCACCAGGUGCCUCGCCCGUGGAGAGCUGCUAUUGGCAUCGCCUCCCUUGGCAGCAGUGCAAGGAGUCCACCAGGACGCCCUGGCUGACUCAUUAGCCGAUGUGAUCUUGGAACGCUUAGCAGGUGCGGUGGAGGGGUUGUGGUGGAUCUAUGCCGAGGCCAAGUGUCCCGCUGAGGAUAGAGCUGUAGUUCGAAAGUUGCAGAAGCGUGCGCGCAGUGAUGUGCGUGAUGUGCGACAGCAGGUUCUUCGCAUCAUUGCGGUGAAUGCCCACGCAGCCCAGCUGCAGAUUGGGAACAGCUUGGAACUGAGCUGGUGGACCCUGGUCCACUAA